AUGCCUAACAAGCCAAUAAAAUGGGGGUACAAGGUUUGGACUAGGGCAGAUGUACAUGGCUACAUAGACGAAUUUCAAAUAUAUACGGGAAAAGUUAACGAGACUGCAGAGAAAGAAUUAGGACCUCGAGUAAUUACAGAUUUGACCAGAUCUUUAGUUGGAAAACAUUAUUUUGUAUAUUUCGAUAAUUAUUUUACAUCCUUGGUACUACUGAGACAGUUGCAGAAGGAGAAUAUUCACGCGACAGGGACUAUUCGAAAAAAGAGAAAAGGAAUUCCAGAUGAUUUUAAAACCGAUAAAGAACUCAAACGUGGCGAUUUUGAUUGGCGAGUAACUGAUGAUGGAAUUUCCUGCGUCAAAUGGAUGGACAAGAGAAUAGUUCUGUUAGGUUCCAAUUAUGAAAAUCCGUCUGACACUGACCAUGUAGUAAGGAGAAAGAAGAAUGGUGAAACGGAGAAUGUUCCGUGCCCUAAAGUCUUGAAAAAUUAUAACCAAAACAUGGGUUUUGUCGACAAAGCCGAUAUGCUGAAGAAAACAUACCAAAUUGAUAGAAUGAGUAAAAAAUGGUGGCCGCGAAUAUUUUGGCACUUUAUUGAUGUCAGCGUAGUCAAUGCGUUUAUAAUUUUUCAGCAACGAUGUGGAAACAAUAGAGGCAUGAAUCUAAAGGCGUUUCGUUUGGCUGUAGUGACAGGAUUGGUAGGAGCUGGAAAGGAAACAGUGAAAAAGGGAAGAGCAAGUUUGGAACAGAAAAAUGUGAAUAACUACAAGCCAACAGUACCACUUGAAAAAAGAUGGGAUCAGUCUUUACAUAUGCCGGUUUAUGGAAAUUACCGACGUUGUGCUCUCUGUAGUAACCGAGAUCAUCAAAGACGAUCUAAAUGGGCUUGCGAUACUUGUGGUGUUGCUUUAUGUUUGUUCGAUAAAAAAGACUGUUUUCAAAGAUUUCAUAAGAAAUAA